AUGGACUCUCUCCCUGAUGCGCUCCUUCAAUACAUUCUUUCCAACCUGACCGCUGCAAAGCAUGUGGCUGCUUGCAACUGCGUGUCCAAACGAUGGAAAGAGUCGACGGAUUGUGUGAAGAGCAUUUUCUUCCCUCGAAACGCAUUCGAAAGCAUUUCGGAGAGUGAUGAUUCUGACACCAUCGUUCUGAAGAUGAUCUCGUCUUUUUGUUGUCUUGAGGAGUUUGUCGUGUAUAGCCCGUUCACUAGCAAAGGACUAGCAUCUUGGAUGAUGCAUGUUGGUUCAUCUCUGAGGGUAUUGGAGCUAAGAAUGGAUAAUCUUGCUAGCGAUGAGGCUAUUCUAGAGGGACCGUUGAAGGUUGAUUGCAUUGGGUUGGCCAAGAAUUUGGAGACUUUGAAGCUUUGGGGUGUUUUAAUGAUGAGCCCUCCUAAGUGGGAUAUGUUCCCGAAUCUUCGCAGCCUCGAAAUAGUGGGAGCAAGAUUGGAUGAUUCCGCUCUGUGUCAUGCUAUACGUGCUUGCCCGAAUCUGACUAACUUGCUUCUGCUAGCUUGUGAAGGAGUUAAAUCAAUAUCAAUCGAUCUGCCGUACUUGGAGCACUGUAAGCUGGAUUUCUAUGGACUAGGUAACAGUUUGCUUACCCUUCGGAGUCCGAGAAUAAUUUCCCUAGAUGUUCAAGGCUGUAGCUGGAUGAGUGUCCCUGAAACCAGAUUCUUAAAGAGCCUAUCCAUCUCCAAUAUUGCUGGGAGAGUUUACAUGGUAGAAUUCUGUAACCUUUCAUCGCUUGAGUCCUUGUCGAUUCGAGGCGUACAAUGGUGUUGGGAUGCGAUAGCCAUAAUACUGCAGCAAGCAAGAGACGUGAAGCAUCUCUUUAUGAAGGUCGAAUUCACAGGCAAUGAGUCCCUUCAACCGUUCCCUGAGAUUGAUUUUGUUGAGUUCUUCAAUAGCCAUCCCAAGCUUCAAAAGUUUGAUAUCCAUGGAGCAAUGUUCGCUGCACUUUGCCAGAAAAACAGCCUAAAGAAGCUUGAAACAGGAUUUGCAAUACCGUGUUUGGAGGAAGUUGUUAUCACAGUGAGAUCUCCAUUGAACGCAGAACAGAAGAUGAACACGCUUGAAUCGCUUGUGAAAUACGCGAGAGGUCUGAAACGAAUGGUGAUAAGGAUGCUUCGGAUGAAGAGCAAUCACAGCAGUGCAGAUGAUUUCUGCGAUGAUAUUUGCAGGUUCCGACACAUGAAUAAGGAUCUUGUUCUAAUCGAAUGA